AUGCUUCAGGGGAACUGUAGUGCAAUGCUGGACCUCAUGUUUUUGGCUUUUCCUACUCACCCAGUGCAUCAAGUCUUACUCUUCCUGGGCAUCAGCAUGGUCUAUGCCACCAUAACAACAGGUAACUUGCUCAUAAUUGUAGCUAUCUGGGGGGACCCCCACCUCCACACUCCCAUGUACUUCUUCCUAGGAACCCUUUCUCUUGUUGAGCUCUGCUAUACAGCAGUUGUAGUCCCACAGAUUCUGCUGACCAGCUUGCAGGAGAAGAAGUCCAUCACCUUUCAGAGCUGCAGUGCCCAGAUGUUCUUUUUUAUUGGACUGGGUAGUGCCGACUGCUUCUUGCUGGCUAUCAUGGCUUAUGACCGCUUUGUGGCCAUUUGCAAACCCUUGCGCUAUACCCUCAUCAUGACCCAAGAGCUGUGCAUACAGCUAGUGGCUGCCUCUUUGCUGGUUGGUUUCUUGAUUUCAUUGAUGCUGGUGUGUUUGGUUUUCCACCUCCCCUUCUGUGAUGUACAUGGAAUUGAACACUUCUUUUGUGAUGUACCACCUGUGCUGCAGCUCGCCAGUUACAAGACAAAGCUUGAUGAGGUCGGGGUGUUUCUAACUGGGAUAAUGGCCAUUGCUGUGCCCUUUGUAUUGAUCUGCACCUCUUACCUCUUCAUCGCUGUUGCAGUGCUGCAGAUCCAUUCAGCAGAUGGCCGUCAAAAGGCUAUCUCUACCUGUUCCUCUCACUUAGCUGUGGUGGCCCUGCAAUAUGGUUGCUGCAGUUUCAUGUACUUGCGUCCAAGCUCCAGCUUUUCUCCAAAGCAAGACCAGAUGCUGUCAAUGGUGUACACUCUGGGGACACCGCUACUCAACCCCAUUAUUUACACUCUAAGGAACAGAGAAGUGAAAACCGCCCUGAGGAAAGUCAUCAGCCAUCGAAUCUUAACUUGGAAAAUUCUUGGCUGGAAUAUUGCCGGGUGGAAUGGGAUGAUGCAAAGUUUAUUACCUUCAUCCAACAGUGGGAAAUUCUAG